AUAAGUACUUUCACUGCGCGCCGCCCUCUAAAUCAUUAUCAUCAUCCUUUCUUCUCAGCUUUGUCUAUUCAUCCCGUCUCCAGACUACACCAUUAUCACCUGGAAGAUUUGGCGAACACGCCUAACAACCCACCACGUACAUCACACCAUAAUGGCACCAGGCGCCAUCUUUGAGGAGCCCAACGUGGCUGAGAACUUCAACGGCCACCGCGAUGGCCUCGCCCUUGAGGCUACCUCUGAUGCCAUCGACGAUGUGAACGUUCUCAAGGCCACUAUGAAGGUCAAGCAGGGCACCGCCACACAAGAGGAGAAGGACAUCUACGCACAGUCCGAGUUCGAUUCCGAGAAGGACAAGACACAAUUUCGCCAGUACGAGGACGCAUGCGACCGCGUCAAAAACUUUUACCGCGAGCAGCACGAGAAGCAGACCGUCGCCUAUAAUCUGCGCGCCCGUAAUCACUUCCACGGCAAGACCCGUGCGGAGAUGACCAUCUGGGAAGCCAUGGAGAAGCUCAACACACUGAUCGACGAGUCCGACCCCGACACAUCCCUCUCCCAGAUCGACCACCUUCUCCAAUCCGCCGAGGCCAUCCGCCGCGACGGCAAGCCCCGCUGGUUCCAGCUCGUCGGUCUGAUCCACGACCUGGGCAAGCUUCUCUUCUUCUACGACGCACAGGGCCAGUGGGACGUUGUUGGCGACACAUUCCCCGUCGGCUGUGCCUUCGACAAGCGCAUCAUCUACCCCGACACAUUCAAGGCCAACCCUGACUACAACGACGAGAUCUACAGCACUGAGCACGGCAUCUACGUGCCUGGCUGCGGCAUGGACAACGUCAUGCUGUCCUGGGGCCACGACGAGUACCUAUACCACAUCAUGAAGGACCAGUCGACCAUCCCUGAUGAGGGCCUGGCUAUGAUCCGCUACCACUCUUUCUACCCCUGGCACAAGGAGAACGCGUACAGGUGGAUGAUGAACGAGAAGGACCACAAGAUGCUCGAGGCUGUCAGGGCGUUCAACCCGUACGAUCUGUACAGCAAGUCGGAUGAUAUCCCCAAGGUGGAGGACUUGAAGGAGUACUAUCUUGAUAUCAUUGAUGAGUACAUCGGCAAGGACAAGAAGAUCAGGUGGUAGAUUGAGCAAGUUCCUUAGAGGUUUACAUGAUUUUAUGAUACAUAGCGGAACGGUGCGGCCAAAAGGCCCCG